CUCGACACAUCAACAUCAAAGCAAUGAAAACAUUACAAAAUAACUGCCGAUAAUUUCUUGAGAAUGAAUUUACUAAAAAAUCUCUUAUCAGUACUAAUCUUUGUGGGUAUCACUCAGUUCAAUGUGCUGGCUCAGCAGGAAAAUGAAAUACUGGCCAAAGAUAUUUCCCCCUCAGAACAUCAUAUCAACCAUCAAUUGGACUUCCUUCAAACAGCUCUUGAAAAUCUAAAAUUACGUUUAGAAAUGAUGGAUUUGCAAUUGCAAAGACAACGCCUGCAUCAAAAUAGACUUGAGGAAAAAUUUGAAGACUUCGAGGAAAAAUUAAAUGAACUACCAGAGGUUUUAUUGGCUCUGCAGGAAACGCAUUACAAUGAGUUAAAAAACUUAUUAGAAACAUUAAAGGUAAAUGAUGACUAUAUGGCCAGCCAAACGGAGUUCUUUGGCCAAGAUGGGAAAACAGAAAUUUUAAAGGAAUUUCAAAAGGUCUCCAAGAUGCAAGAGACUAUAUUAGAGAAAUUGUAUUUUCAAAUGUUGACGGCUCACGAGGAACAAAACUUAUUUGAUAAAGAGGAAUCUGAACUAAGCCCUUUAGACAGCUCAACACAGGCUCCCGGAGGAAAUACAAGUUGUUCACAUAUUUAUACCAAAAUUUUAGGUCAUUUGGAUGGUAAUGUAACUUUAUCUGAUAUAAUCGAUACCAAACUUAAGAUGAUCGCAGAAAAAUACUCAGAUGAAUCGGAGAAACAUAUGAAAUCCAUAGGCAUAACACAGGAAUUAUUGAAAUUCUUAAAUAAAAAAGAAAAUUCCAAAAUCUGCAUUAAAAAUAAGGAUCAAAAACUGGUGUGUACCGAUGAGUCUUAUCCCUCCAGCUGUAACGAUUACAGCACUUCCCACUGCACAGGAAACAAAUGCCGCCUCAAGAAUCCCAUUUAUGGUCCGCAUACAUUUUUGGCCGUAUGUGAAGACAUUAUCGAUGGCGGUGGUUGGCUGGUGAUACAAAGACGUUUCAAUGGUUCCGUGGAUUUCUAUCGUGGUUGGUCAGAAUAUAAAAAUGGUUUUGGUAAUUUGGAUGGAGAAUUUUGGAUGGGUUUGCACAAAUUGUAUGCUCUAACCACUGCGCUGGGCCCCAUGGAAUUGCUCAUACACUUGGGCGAUCACCACGAUAUAGUGAAAUAUGCCAAAUAUGAUAACUUUGCCAUAGGCAAUGAAGAAAGUGGAUAUGAGCUUAAGGACAUAGGCAACUAUGAAGGUAAUGCUGGUGAUGCCCUUUCAUUUCAAAAAGGCUAUAAAUUCUCCACUAAGGAUAAAGAUAAUGACUUUAAUGAAUGGCUAAAUUGUGCUGAUGAAAUGAAGGGGGCUUGGUGGUAUGACAAUUGUCAAGCUAGCAAUUUGAAUGGUCUUUAUUACAAAAACGGCGAAGUUCCUAUCAGUGAACAGGGCCGUGGCAUAACUUGGGGCAAAUUUCAUGGAUUGGCCUAUUCUUGGAAGUUCGUGCAGAUGAUGAUACGGCCUAAGAUGAAAUAAAAAUGUCUAUACUGUGUAACUUAGAGCAACAAAUUAAAAAAAAAUAUUUCUAAGCAUAGGACCUCUGCAGUCGUGGCUUUAACCAUUAUACUUAUAAUUUAGUUAUAAGUAUAACUACCACACGAAUAAACAAAUAAAAAAUA